UCUGACAUCAGGGUUCAAAGGUCAGGCUUACAUGAUAGGGCAACACAAGGGACAAUGAGGAGCUGAAAGGGUGAACAAAUCGAGCCAAAGAGUGGUCACUGAGUGGAGAACACUAUGGUUCCGAUCACAGAGUUUCAGAAGAUCGGCGUGGGUUUAUCAGGCUUUGGUAUAUUCUUCAUACUGUUUGGAGUGCUGCUGUACUUUGACUCUGUCUUGCUGGCAUUUGGUAACAUCCUGUUCCUGGCUGGUCUGGCCUUCAUUAUUGGCCUGAGGAGAACGGCACACUUCUUCUUCCAGAGACAGAAGCUCAGAGCCUCGUCAUUUUUCCUUGGCGGUGUAGCUUUAGUGGUGCUACGAUGGCCACGCAUAGGCAUGCUAGUGGAAAGUUAUGGCUUUGUGCUUCUGUUCAAAUCAUUCUUCCCAGUAGCCUUUGGAUUCCUUGGAACAGUCUUCAAUAUGCCUUUCCUCAGUACUUUAUUCAACUUUUCAGGAAGUAGCUCCUCAAUGGUGUGAGGGGGGCUGCGAUUGCAGAGGAUCUAAAUAGCUGGAUAACAAUGUAGAUCAUGAGGCUGUGGAAUCUUUUUGGGGAACAACACACCAAGAAUGAAACCCUGUCAAAAAAGCUAAACCAAAAAAUCUACUAGUCAUCAAAAUUCCCGCUUUUCAGUUGUGAAGUUUGCAUGGUUUUUAUUUUUCUGUUUGAUGCUGUAUGGCAUGCCCUGUAUUUUAAGGAUGUUUUCAGUUGAUAUUUGUACCAUUUUAAAUAAAUCCACUGUUAUACUGAAAUGCUAUACUCACUUUAAUAAACUGGAAUAAUGAAAUGGA